AUGACACAGAGCUACGACUAUGAUGAAGGGUCCGAAACAUGGCCAUUUUUCUUAUUGACCGUGUUAUGUGUGAUCUUGGUACCAUUGACCGUUAAGCAAAUAUGGGACAUGCUGUCAAGCAGCGAUGCGGAAACCGAGGCGCAGGAGCAGAAGUCUCAACUUGGAAUGCUGUCGGAAGCAUAUACUGCAGAUGAGAUUCAUGCUUUCAGAGCGAAGUACGUUUCCAAAAAAUCCAAGUGGGCUGCCAAACGAAAUCUGUUCAUCAUUGCUGGCUGGACUCUAGUUGCCUAUUUGGUCCAGCACAUUGGAUCCAAUGAUGCAAUCAGAGAUGCUGCUACUACUUUGUUUGAUCCCUACUCGCUCUUGAACAUUUCAACUAGCUCAACCGAACGUGAAAUUCGUUCUGCGUACCGCAAGCUGUCCAUCAAGUUUCAUCCUGACAAACUGCCCAAAGAAUUAACUGCCGAGGAGCGGACUACCAUGGAAGAGCAAUAUGUUAUGAUUACUAAAGCCUACAAAUCGCUUACCGAAGAAAUUACUCGUGAAAACUACCUCAGGUACGGCCACCCAGAUGGGCCGCAAGCGACUUCUCAUGGUAUAGCUUUGCCCAAGUUUCUAGUUGACAGCUCUGUCUCAUCUCUCGUAGUUUUGGGAUACGUUGGAUUACUAGGCUUUAUUUUACCCUUUUUAGUCAGCAGAUGGUGGUCCAAAACCCAAUCUAUGACGAAGAAAGGGAUACACGUCAAAUCUGCUUCUUACUUUUCCGACAGACUGUUCAAUUUCAAACCCUCUCAAGUGGUGACGAUGGAUCUUCUCAUCAAUUGGAUCUCUCACGCACAGGAGUUUAAAGUCAUGUAUCCUGCUCUUCACCAAGAAACAUUCGAGAAAUUGAUACACGAUCACAUCAACCGCGAAAACAGCGGUGAUUUACAGAAUGAAAAGUUUAGAAUUGUGGCUAAAAGUCACGUCUUACUCUUUGGGUUGUUAGAUAUUGCCACCACUUUUCGCAACCUCGAAAUUUCCAACAUGGCUAUUGACACCUUAAAGGCAAUUGUUCAAGCUACUCCUCUGUCUCCUUAUUCCCAGAUCUUGCAGCUUCCCAAUGUCGAUGCUGAGCGAUUUAUAAAUGGCUCUGUGGAUGACAUUCGCACUCUCGGGAAACUUUUCACUUACGAGGACAAAAAGAUCAGUAAGAUCUUAGGAAUUGAUGAUGAAGAUAAGUUGCAGGAAACAUUGACUGUCGCUUCAAAUAUACCUUUCUUGAAGCUGAUAAGGGCAGAGUUCAAAGUUCCUGGCGAAACGAUUGUUACCCCUCAGUCAACACCUCAUAUUUCUUUAAAAGUGCUAGUGCGUUCGGCUAAACACAAAUUUUUCGGUCCCACAAAAAUCCCAGAUGAAAUGUGUCGGGAAAAACAAGACUUUGAUUCUCUCAGAGACCCAUUCGCAUCUAUUCAAGACCAGCCUAAACUACCACAGUCCUUUGCACCUUUUUUCCCUGCCAAACGUAGUGGCUGCUGGUGUGCACUUGUUGUCCUUCAAAAAGAUGGUAAGGUCAUUCAAACGCCCAUGUUGGUAGACAGACUAUCAUUCACCAAUUUAAAAAACGACCUCGAUAAGAGAACAGUCUCAGACCUGGAAAAAGAUUUCAAUCCCGAAGACUGGUGCAUUGGUACUAUCAAAAUUCCUUACAGCCAACCAGCUCCCGAGGAAAAAGGCGACUACUUUUUCAGAGUUAUUGUCAAGAGCACCGAGUAUUUUGGGCCUGAUCUCGAUUUUACCGUGACAAUGAGUGUUCGUGAACCUUCUCAAGUCGAAAAAAUGGAGAGAGAGGCUCUUGAAGAAGAGUCGGAUCUUGAGGAUGGUGAAGGUAGUGAAUUGGAAGAGGAUGAUGAAAGUAACGACGAAUUAGAGGAUGAUGAGAGUGAUUAUACUGACAUUGAUACAGACACGGAGGAUGAGGAUGAUGAAAAUUCUGUGGUCAAGCCCGAGACCUCAUAG